UUUUUUAAUUGUAACUUUCUUUGUGUGCAGAUGUGUGUUUUUUAUUUCAAUUUACUGCCGUAAUCAUUACGCCUUGCACUUGAUUCGGAAUUAAGGUGAUUGCACUCCCUUUACCGAUGUUGUGUUUCGUUUAUUAAAAAACAGUGUAGGUGCGACAUUGAUUAAAAUAGCCACAAGAGUGCGCAGAAGUAUCUUCACUGUGAUAUUGAACCAGUUAUACGUGUGAGUCUUCCAAACGUUAACGACGCGACAGUAUGGCUUUUGUCCUAAAUUUAGUCAGGUGCUCCUUGAAAGUUAUUAACCGUAACACAUCAAUAGGGCUAGUGAAAAACCUUAGCAAAUUCGAUUACUGCCAGCGUGUAACCAAUAACAACACGACAGUGAUAACGAAUCAACAGUUCCUACGCACAUUUUCCAUUGGGACACAGCUGCAGCAAGAUGUGAACAUUACGUUUUUGCGCGCCAACGGCCAGAAGAUAGAGACAAAGGGCAAGGUGGGCGACACAUUACUGGAUGUGGUGGUAAAUAAUCAUAUCGAUUUGGAUGGUUUUGGUGCAUGCGAGGGUACUUUGACAUGCUCCACUUGCCAUUUAAUUUUUACAUCUGAGGAUUUCGAAAAACUACCAGAUAAAGCCAGCGAUGAAGAAUUGGAUAUGUUGGAUUUGGCAUACGACCUCACAGAUACUUCACGUCUAGGCUGCCAAAUAACACUAACAAAGGACAUGAAUGGACUGGUUGUUAAAGUACCAGCAACAAUUAAUGAUGCCCGUAGCGCGUAACAGUUGAUCGAAAUAUGAAAAAUACGUAUGGACAUAAAAUUUGGACAGUUUGACUGGAAUGUGGAAAUUAUAAUACAUAAACAUGUAAAAUGUACAAUACGUAAACAUACAUAUAAAUGAUUUAUUCCAUUUCAUUGUACAGUGUAGCAUAUCGAUAAAGGCAGAUAAGACGAAAUUUGUCCGGAUGUCGCUUGCAUAAAUGAAUAACAUAAGUAUUUGUGUACACAAAUGUAAAUAAUUGAAAUGUACAUAUUAAAUACCCAUCUAUUCAAACUUAGUAGUAAUAGGUAUACAUCUUUACCGAUGAUUGCUAACUAUGCCCGCAAGAACAAAGCAAUGACGGAUUUUAUUAAAAACGUAGCAGAAAUUUA